CUGAGCAUGUGUUUGAGUCAGCGCACUCUUCACGUCAAAAAGUCAGUCAAGUAGUGAGUUAAUAAAACCUUUAGACAGAUAGGUAGACACAGGAGACAGCGUGAGGGAUGUUUUGAUUGAAAUUAAAACCUCUGCCUGACCGAGAUAGAGACUUUACAGGUUUGUGGUAUGUCAGUGCGCGCCGACAGACGGACACAAACGCAUUAAAAUCAUAGAAAAGGAUAAAAGUCCAGACUCUGCUCUUUUGUGUGUUAUUGCUCCUGAUCAACCGGACGAAAGAGCGGAGACUUAUGACAGUACCCACAGACCGGGAGAGAAGCUGCAAAUGGGCGGCAUAGGUGGCAACCUCUACCUCAGCAUGUUGAAUGGGACUGAAACGCAAACUUUCGGAAAGAACCCCGAUAUCAGCAGUCACCUUCACCGCGGCGGUAAGGAUCUAGAGUUUAAAAUGGGGAUCCAGGACCCGAGGUUUUACUACCCGGACUCUGUUCAGGGCGGACAGGACGCUUUGACUCUGCCGUACCACUCAGAGCAGACGGUCGGAGCGUACGGAGCGCAGCCCGCCAGGUUUUACGCACAGACCCUGAGCAGCUGCCCGUACGGCGGAGUGCGCUCACCGCCGAGAAGCGCAGCCGGACAGGGUUACAUCCCAUCACCGGGAGACGGGUUUUCUACAGGCGGUAAAGACGUGUACUCUCCAUCUCCUGAGACUUACCCUACAAACUUUCAGCACGGCUACCAGCGGCCGCCUCUCUACCCUUUACCUGGGCUACAGGUGUGCGGGAAGACUCAGGCUCUGCUCAAUAACUACCCGCUUUGGGCCAAGUUCCACAAGUUUCAGACCGAGAUGAUAAUAACCAAACAGGGGAGGAGGAUGUUCCCCUUUUUGAGCUUCAACAUCAGUGUUCUGGACCCUUCUGCCCAUUAUAACGUGUAUGUAGAUGUGGUUCUGGCUGAUCAGCAUCACUGGAGGUACCAGGGAGGAAAGUGGGUCCAGUGUGGCAAAGCAGAGGGGAACAUGCCAGGGAACAGGAUGUACAUGCACCCUGACUCUCCCAACACUGGAGCUCACUGGAUGAGACAAGAGGUGUCAUUUAGCAAACUCAAACUCACCAACAACAAAGGCAGUACCAAUAAUGUUGCACAGAUGAUAGUCCUCCAGUCGCUCCAUAAGUACCAACCUCGUCUGCACAUUGUGGAGGUUAAGGAGGAUGGUACAGAGGACCCCUUCCUCUCAUCCAAGGCACAGACUUUUGUCUUCCCUGAAACUCAGUUCAUCGCCGUCACUGCUUAUCAGAAUGCAGAUAUCACUCAGCUGAAAAUAGACCAUAACCCCUUUGCUAAAGGUUUCCGCGACAAUUAUGACACGCUAUAUGCUCCUCCCGACUCUGAUCGCCUCACCCCCUCCCCAACAGAGAGCCAGCAGCUGUUGCCAGGGAGCUGCUACCCCCAGGGUUACCUCUCUGAGCAGUACAUGAGCCCACUGCCCCAGAGCCGCUUCUACAGCCGGGAGUCCAUCGGCAUGAGCCAGCAGCACAAGGAUUCAUCGUCCAGUCCCGGUCCUCACAGCCGCUGGUACCUGCCACCUCAGCAGGGUGUCGCCCCAAACCGCCUUGACUUCACUUCCUCUUAUGAAGGGGACUUCUCCGGAAAUGGCUUUUACAAGCCCUUCCCUCUGCAGACAUCCGCUCACCAUGCCCUCGGCUACUACCCUGACCAUCCCUUCGGCUCAGCCAGCGUGUCUGUAUCAGGUGCUGCCACAGCAGGUUGGGGGACCACUCGGCCCACUCCUCAGUUCCUCAGCCACCCCAGUAAGCCUGCAACCAGUUUAGGCUGGUUCAGGCCCAUAUCAUCUUCAUCCUCUUCCUCAUCUUCCUCCACGUCACCUGGCAACCCCAGGCUUCAUCCUCCCUCGCUCCUAGAACCUCUCCAUACGCCCCUGCUGCAGGACAAGUCCAAAGACACUGCAGGAGGGGUGGGAGAGGACCCCUGGCUCGAACCACCCUCCGUUAAAUCAGCAGACUCGGCUGACUCUGGCUUGUUUGAGGGCAGUGUGGGGGACAGCAAGAAAAGAAGGGUGUCUCCAUACGCAUCCAGCACUGAAAACUCCCCACCCCCACGCACUAUAGAGCUCUGUGAAAAGGACAGCAACAGCGAUGCAGACUACUAUGGCUAUUACAACCACUGAGGACCUCACACAUCACCAUCACCAGUCUCUUCAAGUGUCUUCCCAGCCCCUACCACGGUACAAGGCGCCGUCCUCAUUAACAUGUAUCAGUUUGUCCAGUCGGGCCAUGAUUUAGGGCUGGAAUUGUGCUGCAGGCAAAUGCCUAAACCACGUAACAGGACCUCAUCUAUUUUCAUGUCACCAGAGCCCACACAGUGAGGCACGCCUAUCUGAAAACUCCACUCUCAAAGUGUCACAUUAUUAUAGGAGCAAGUUUCAAGGUUGAUGUCAAAGUUAGUGUAGAAUAGGAGGCCAAGUGGAAGUGACUGGUCAACCAAGACUGUCCCAGAGGCACAUAAACACCAGACCGACAUACAGACCUGUGACUUAAGCUUUUGAAACAUCUGUAGAUUAGAGGAAAAAAAUGAUCUGCAUAUCUACUUGCUGACAGUUGCCUGGAGGGAUUGUCUGUUCUUUCUGCAUCAAACUGUCCCUGUUUUUCUCACUCUGUCUUGUCUGUCGGUUGGUCUCCUCUUUCUCACCCUUAACCAUUCACACAUACUCACCGUUUACUCACAAUAUGCUAGCAUUCAUUUCCCCUGAUGAUUCUGCGGUGAAAUUACAUUUCACAUCAUUCCUCUGCUCUGUAUCUCACACUAUGGUUAGUGUAGCUCCUACCAGUGGUGACAGAUAAGCAUUGCAAGUUGGAAGUGCACAGGCCUGGAAAUAAUGCAGGGGGUUAAGGGAGCUUAGCAAGCACAUGGUCUGAGGUUAGGCCACUAAUCUGCAUCAGCCCUCCCAGAACAGCCUUUUGUGUCUUUAUAUGUGUAUGUACGACUUAGUGAACAGUCCUCACACCCUGAAACCCAAAAUAACUCAAAGAACUCUAAGGCAAAUUGACAGAAACAACCUAACAUUCUUCAUAUAAGUUUGCAUCUAUGGAGUUUAGUAACACUGAAUAUCUAGGUAUGUGACAGUUAAUACUGAUGCAACAGUUUUGCUUGUGUUUGGACGUACACAUUAUCAAAUCAAACAAUAUCAAAUUUGACCAUUAUCAAAUCACUUUAGACUCAAACACAUAUAAUAAACAUUGUUGAUAUUAAAAUGCUUUUUUGAUCAGUAAGGGAGUGGAAAAGUUGAACCAUACCAACACAUUUUAAAACCCACCUUUUUUGUUAAAUCCAAAAGAAUUUAAACAAAUCUUCUGCUGAAUGCUUGUUUUGACAACAUAAAAAAGGCCUCAUUAAAGUCAGCUCACUGUGAAAUGUCAAUAUAAAACACUGCUGUGAUCCCACUCUAAUGAAACACACACUCAGUCAGUGUUGUCAUUAAUGACAGACCGAUACUGGAAAACAUUACUGGCAGAGGGAGCCAUUACAUCCUUAUGAGUGAGCAAUGCUCAGUAAAAUAUAACUGUUAAAAACCUAAUGUAAUUUGUAUGAGUCAGUUUCCUGUUGUGACUUUAGUGCCAAAAUGCUGAUGUUUUUUGCUUCAAAGGGACUUUUCUGUCAUAUUAUGCACAAAAUACUAUUGCCUAAUACUGCAUGUGCUGUGUGGUAUAUGGGUAAAGAAGUGGGUCAUUCAGAAGGGCUGCAUCUGCAGGUAAACAGACAAGGCACUGUCACCCUCAAACCAAGAUAAACAGGAAGUACAAAGUGACCAGGCAGACACUCUAAAUUUCCCCCCUAGUCUUCGGGCCUAUCAUGCGGUGACACUGGUUGACAGAGGCCCAGCUCCAGGCUUAGUGACAGAAAUGAAGAGUGAGGCUUCAGUCGGCCCUGAUCACAGCUCUGCCUCUCAUUCCUCUCCAGGUGUACUAAUGGCCUAAGACAACACUGGGGGCAAUACAAGCACAUACAUACAUACAUACAUACAUACAUACAUAUAUACAUACAUACAUACAUACAUAUAUACAUACAUACAUACAUACAUACAUAUCCGCUUGCAAUACAUAACUGGUGGGUAACAUUUGCAUGGGAUUUAGUGAACAUUUUGCAGCUAAUACAUCUGAAUGCUAAUUCUAUGACAAAAUGUGAACAUUUGUAUAGAUAUGUGACAAAGACAAUCGUGAAAGUGGAGCAGGCACUGUAGAUUUAAACCUUUUGGAGGAAAAUGGUCUUAAGAUUUAUAUUGGUGUAAAAAUGACAGUCUGUAUGACAGAUGAGCCCUUUACCUGAAUAUUUCAAGAACAAGGUUCAAUGUGAUAAUUUAAUGUUGAAAACAGAAACGAUAUUUUGUAUGAUGAGUAAAUUAAAAAUGCGUCUAAAAAUGUAACUUUAGUUUUCAGAAUUGAUCUCUAUACACUCCACCAUUCUGGAUAUAUCUUAAUAAAGGAUGACGUACAGCAGUGGACAGAUAAGUGCAAUUAAUAGAAAAGCUAACCAGUUCACAGUUUUGAUGAUGAUAAGGAAACAGCUAGAACAAAGCUAAUUUAAGCACCUGCCAGUGAAAUAUGUCAGUUAUUUUCUUUAUGUGCUGUGGUAGACUGUUGGUCUCUCAGUGACCCUAAAAAAAAAAAAAAUAAAUAAAUAAAUCAGAAACCUCAGGAAUGACCCCUGCUGGAUAUCUCUGCUAUUACAACCAACUAAACCAACUCGGUGACAUUUACCAUAAAGAAUCAAAACCUUGAUGUUACACCAUUAAAAACUCCAUUUCCCAAAAGCCUUUAUUUCCAUUUAAUGCUCAUUUCCUCAGUACGAGAACAAGGCUGUAUGCCGAAGCUGUAUUUUCAGAGAUUUUACUGUAAAAUAUGGAAAUAUGAUGCAAGGAUGAGAGACCAGUCAGGUCAAGUGAUAAGCAUGUUAUUUUUGUGUGUGAUUAUGUGCACUGUUUUUUGUGAAGGGACAGAGAUUCCCCUUUAAAUUCAAAGCUUAUGAAGUCUUGCUCGCAGAAGAGGAAAAGACUUAAUAAUUCAGGAAUGCAGUAAAGUAAUGGGGGGAUUAUAGUAUCAAAUGAGAAUACAUGUGUUCAAAUUAAUCAAAUAUGAAGAUUUCUGAAGUGGAGAACUGUUAUUUAUUAAAAGUGGCAUAACUGUAUAUUGUACUGUUGUUUUUUUAUUAAUUAAAAUAAAGCUUAAUCAUGAUGA